GCUUUCUAUUCUUUCUUGUCACUUUGUCGUGUGGUGACGCAGCGACGGUUCUUCAACGGUGAAAUAGUUGAAAAGGGAAGGCGUAGAAGAGCAGGACCGCACACCAAAACAACAAGCAGCCCCCUCGCGAGUCGCUGUUUUAUGGCGUCAUCGCGACACCCCGGAAGUGGAUGGAGACGUGUUUUUCUUUUGUUUUCUUGAAAUCGGCAUGAGGAGAUUCACUUGCAAAACCCGCAGAUUUGUUUCUUGUAACAGUUCAACAAUUGCGGUGGAGUCAAAAUUGGCCAGAAGACAUGCGAAGAUGAAGAGCGGAAAUCGGCGUCAUUAAAUGAACAGUUUGACGCGGGAGACAUGUCACUGGCGUCUGUCGCCGUGAAGAUCGGAGCGGCGUGGCAGUGCCGGCCCGAAGGCCGCCGCCUGGCAGACGUGGUCCAGGCGUUCGACGAUGGCGACGGCGAUGAGGAACACGAGCCGAGGCAGAGACUCGGGGACGGCGGCGUCCUGUUGGAGCGGGCGGACGGCGCCGCCGCGGGACCGUGCGUCCUGACGCUGAGCUGCGGUCCCGCCGCCAUCAGCCGCCUGACGCUCGUCAGCGAGGCUCGCACCAUGGAGGUGUACCUGCCCACGGGCGAAUACUGCGCCACGGUCCGGGGGGACGAGCAGGACCACGUCCGCCAUGGCGACAGAGGACCUUUCUACAGGAAGCAGCUGAGCCUGGAAGGCGCACCGUCGUCAUGUGACGUGAAGCUGCUGUCUCUGUCGGGUCGAAGCAGCGUGUUGCUGUGCGGCGCGGUCGUGGGGCUCCGCCCGCCGCGGCCCGGCCCGGCCCGAGAGGGCGGCGCCGUCGACCUUCGGCGGGUCCGGAGUCUGGUGGACGAGAUGGGCGCCGGCCUGUCGCCCGGCGCUCAGAGCCUCAUGGACAAGGUGCGCCUCCAGCAGAAGGCUGCAGCGGACUCGCCCCCCGACGCGCCCGCGCCGGACGGGCGCCGGCUGGCAGAGAUGAUGCGCCACGUCAUGAAGGGCGGGGGGGGGCACCUGGGCGCCGCCCCCCCCGAGAUGCUGCGCAAGGUGUGCGGUCAGGUGACGCGGCUCCGACUGGACCAGGAACAGGACCGGGACCGCGCGCAGGCUGCGGACGCGUGGAUGGAGCGCCGCCUGGAGGAGAUGGAGCGCCGUCUGAAGGAGCACGUGGACCGCCGCCUGGACGCUCUGGAGCUCAAGCUGGAGAAAGCGCUGCUCGUCGCCCUCCGGCAGGGGGCGUCCACGGACCCGGCGCCCGUUGACCCGGCGGGAGGGCGCCCGGCGGCACCCUGACCGAACAAAGACACGGAGCCAAAAGUGUGCACUAACUAACUGAUGUAACCCGUUCGUGGAGUACGACGCUACCUUGACUUAACAGCGCCACAACUUACGAGUUUUUCGAGUUACGAGCCAUCGCUCGGUCAAUUUUUGGUGGUUUGUUGAAAAUAUGGAUUUACGAGCGAGCUUCAGAUACACUCGAGCGGAGCGGGGGGAACGAUACGCUUUCAGCCGUUUGUUGAACGGGACCGCAAGUCCCAAGUGAACGUGCGCCCAAGACGCCGGCCCUUAACUAAGCCGGUGGUAAAUUGCGUCGACCUCAACCGACUAGCAAAAAAAAAAAAAAUGCUAAAUUUGCUAAAGGUGACAAUUGACAAAAGAAAUAUCCACCUUGUACGUGUUUUUCAGAUUCCAUGAAUUUUUCAACGCUGUAAACGUAAAUCGGGCCGCCGAAUAUUGGACUUCUUCCGAUCUGUUGCGUCGUCAUCCAUAAUUGUCCACCUGGUUGUUCCGUCGGUGCCCAAGAACUCAAAACCGUCACUACCAAGUUUGACAGUUCAUCGCUUAGACCUUGUUUCACUUGAAAUGAUCCAAAUCCUCGCAAUGUCAGCAUCUCAACCGAAUGAUUGAUUCACGUUUUGUUUUCCAAAAUAAGACAUUUCCUGGAAAACAAUGAGAAACAUUUUUGCCGAUUUUCUGACAAAUGUUACGAUCUAAACCAGAAAAUGAAUCAUAAUCAAUUCAUGUUUGUGCAUUUUCUGCACUUUCAAUUUAAAGUAAUGUCCUGUUUUUAAUCUUAUCCAAAAAAGGAAUAGUCAAAGUGCAGAGGGCUGAAAAAUUGUCUCAAGAACUGGUCGGCAGCGCACUUAGGCGUUACAGGAAAUUAGCCGGAGUGACGUGAGCUGACAUAAUGUCGACUUCUUAAUAAAUAAACACGACAUCGUACUGACAUUUGACUCGUCGCAGUUUCGCCAACCCAGACGAGCCCGCUGGGCGCCGAAUGGUUCUGUUGAUUUUUUGGGCGUGCUCGCCGGGCAGCAUCCUGUUGGCCCCACGCGGCUCCAAUCGCUGGAAGCGCGUCGACAACAAAUAAAAAGUAUUUCUAUUCACA